GCGCCGCGCGGCCUCGCCCCCGACGGCGGCCCGCUCGCCCCUCCCAGCCAGGCCGCGCGGGUCCGGGUCGCGCCCCGCAGCCCUCGGCCUCCCUGCGAGCCCUCGGCCGCGCCGGCCCGCGCCCCGGCACCAUGCUGCGCUGGCUGCGGGGCUUCGUGCUGCCCGCGGCGGCCUGCCAGGACGCGGAGCCGCCGACGCGCUACGAGACCCUCUUCCAGGCGCUGGACUGCAACGGGGACGGCGUGGUGGACGUGGGCGAGCUGCAGGAGGGGCUCCGCAACCUGGGCAUCCCGCUGGGCCAGGACGCCGAGGAGAAAAUUUUUACUACUGGAGAUACCAACAAAGAUGGCAAGCUGGAUUUUGAAGAAUUUAUGAAAUACCUUAAAGACCAUGAGAAAAAAAUGAAACUGGCAUUUAAGAGUUUGGACAAAAAUAAUGAUGGAAAAAUUGAAGCUGCAGAAAUUGUCCAGUCUCUCCAGAUACUGGGUCUAACUAUUUCUGAAAAACAAGCACAGUUGAUUCUUCAAAGCAUUGAUGCUGAUGGGACAAUGACGGUGGACUGGAAUGAAUGGAGAGACUACUUCUUAUUUAAUCCUGUUACAGACAUUGAGGAAAUUAUUCGUUUCUGGAAACAUUCUACUGGCAUUGACAUAGGGGAUAGUUUAACUAUUCCAGAUGAGUUCACAGAAGAGGAAAAAAAGUCUGGACAGUGGUGGAGGCAGCUUUUGGCAGGAGGUGUUGCCGGUGCCAUCUCUCGGACAAGCACUGCCCCUUUGGAUCGCCUGAAAAUCAUGAUGCAGGUGAGCUGUUCAUGGUUCAAAUCAGGCAAAAUGAACAUAUUUGGUGGCUUUCGACAGAUGGUAAAAGAAGGAGGUAUCCGUUCCCUUUGGAGAGGAAAUGGUACAAAUGUCAUUAAAUUGCUCCCGAGACACUGUUAAGUUCUGGCAUAUGAACAGUACAAGAAGUUGCUUACUGAGGAAGGACAAAAAAUUGGAACCUUUGAGAGAUUUAUUUCUGGUUCCAUGGCUGGAGCAACUGCACAGACUUUUAUUUAUCCCAUGGAGGUUGUGAAAACCAGGCUGGCUGUAGGCAAAACUGGGCAAUACUCUGGAAUAUAUGAUUGUGCCAAGAAGAUUUUGAAAUAUGAAGGUUUUGGAGCUUUUUACAAAGGUUAUGUUCCCAAUUUAUUAGGCAUUAUACCUUAUGCAGGUAUAGAUCUUGCUGUGUAUGAGCUCUUGAAGUCCUAUUGGCUAGAUAAUUUUGCAAAAGACUCUGUAAACCCAGGAGUCACGGUGUUGCUGGGAUGUGGUGCCUUAUCUAGCACCUGUGGCCAGCUGGCCAGCUACCCCUUGGCUUUGGUGAGAACUCGCAUGCAGGCUCAAGCUAUGGUAGAAGGAAGCCCACAGCUGAACAUGGUUGGCCUCUUUCAACGAAUAAUUUCCAAAGAAGGAAUACCAGGACUUUACAGAGGCAUCACCCCAAACUUCAUGAAGGUGCUCCCUGCUGUAGGCAUCAGUUAUGUGGUUUAUGAAAAUAUGAAGCAAACUUUAGGAGUAAACCAGAAAUGACAUGUUGAAUUUUUUAUAUUAGCAUGAUUAUUGUAAUUUUCAACAAUCUCUAGGGUGACUUUUUCCUCCUAGAAUUGAAAUAAGUCUAUGGCAAAAGCUGUAUCUUUUUCACAAAAGGGAAGAGCAUAUCAAUGAUCACUUCAAAUAUUUGGGCUUAAUUUUAUAUAUUCAGAAAUGUUAAGAAUCAUUGUUUUAAUAAGUUUUGAAAAGGCUACAAAAUUAUAAUUUUUUCUUUUCUUUCUAGUCCUGCAAAUCUCUGCCCUGAAUCCUAAAUCUGAAAAUGUACUUGCUUGAACUAAUUUUGUUUUGUGUGGUAGAAUGAUAAAUUCUUAAUCUUUAUUUUGGUUGGUUCAAGUUUAUGCCAAUUCUGUUUUCCUUAAAUGUCUUAUUUUAUAUAUUCUGAAUGUCUUUAUAGACUUCUUAAAAUUUCUUUAUAGAACCAUUAAUAGAAAAGCAUUGCAUUUAAAAUAUACCUACAGCAGCCAAGUAAGUGUUAGGUUUAUAUUCUUGUUUUUCUUCAAGCCAAAGAGGAAUGAACAUAAUGGCAGAAUUUGUAAGGAGGAGCGAUGAAAUUAUAUUUAUUUCAGUGAGCACAUUUUCAUUUUACUUGUAUUAUUAUUUGAUUCCUGGAAUUAUGCAUUGAUUUGCAGUAUAUUACUGUGAAACUAUCAACACAAGACAACUAAUUUGAAAGAUUUUGUUUAUUCUGUCACUGUUUGAAAGCAGCAGGAAACAAAAUCCUUUUACUUAUAUCAGCUUCUGCAGAGCAUCUCUCUUUUCUUUGUCCUUUGUUUCCUACUUUUUGAACCAGAUUUUGUUUUAAUCAGGAAGGCUUCUUAAAACCAUUCUUAGUAAUCUGAAAUUUCUCUUUUUUAAUUACAUAAAGUGGGUUGAUCCUGGGAGAAAUGACAUGCUUAUUUCCCUCUCACUGUUAAAUUUCUUUGAACCUGCCAUUCUCAAUUUUGGCAGCACAAAGCCAAGAGAUACAUAUUAAUAGUAGUCUGUAUUAAUCUUACACAUUAGGUACCUACACUCAAAUGAAAGGCCCAAUUUGUAGACUUACAUUCGUAUUCGCUCUUGCUCCAAGUUUUAGAAACAUGCUAUGAUAUAGAAAACUUAAUUUCUAAUAAUGAUAGCAUUUUUUAAUUUACUAAAGCUAUUUUUGUAGUCCACGAUCUUUUCUGAUUUUUUUUGUUUUUUUGAGACAGAGUCUCACUUUGUUGCCUAGGCUAGAGUGCUGUCGCAUCAGCC